GGUUAGCCUGAUUUUAAAGGCAAGUUUUGACGGUGCUUUCCUCUACAUCCUUUAUUACAUCCACAAAGGGUUCGACUUACCCCGUUUGUUAAAGUGUUCAAUGGAUCCUUGCCCGAACAUAGUGGACUGUUACGUAUCCCGCCCCACAGAGAAGAAGAUCUUCACUCUCUUCAUGGUGGUGUCCUCUGCUGUCUGCAUCUUGAUGUGUAUCUUUGAGAUGUUUUACUUCAUCUGCAAGAAAGUCAAGAAACGAAUCAUUGAGAAAAUAGAUGAAGAGACUCGUGAGUUGAAGUCAUCGUCAACACCUCAUUCAAGGCACAAGUCUAGAUCAUCUUCGAGAGUGGAUCCAACAGUGUCUAACCAGAACCUGAAUAACAUCAAAACUGAGGAGACACCAACCACGAAAUAAGAACCAUGUUGUUCGGGCUACUCUGAAAAACUAAUUGAAUAACUCCAGGUGCCACUGGAAGCAAAUGAAUCCCUCCUACUGCUUGCAAAACUGUUGCUCAUAGAAAACAAAAGAAGUAAGCAGUGAUUUGUAAAUAUUACCAUGUUAAACGAAAUUCAGCAUGCAUCGACAGCAAAAUUGUGGGUCAAAGAGGAAGCUAUUUUUUGUGCAUGUAUGUUCUGUGUCUGUAUGAGUGUGUCUCUGUAUUCAUGCUUUUAUGUAGCCUGUGCAUCACUAGCCAAUAGUAAAUUGUGACUGGCCAAGCACAGCACGUUCUUGAACACAGUAAGUGGAGAUGAAGAGAUUUGAAGGAAAUCUCUUUUAUUCUUGCACAAGAACCAUUGUCAACCAUAAUGAAGUAAGACUACAGCUAUUAUAGUUUGUUUUAAAUGAUGAGGGGGUGGGGUUGUUGCAAUAUAUAAAGUUGUUUCACUGUUAAA